GGCCGGCUCUCUCCACUCCCACUUCCUGAGCCCGGCGCUGGAGCCCUGGAGGCCAGGCCCGGCCGCUCCCGGCCCCCGGGGGGCACGUCGGCCCAGCCGCCAGGCUUGGGAAGUCGUGGCCACCGCUGCUCAGGACGUCCGGGCUUCCCACCUUCCUCCCAGGCCUCCACCCGAUCUGGUCAGCCGACCCCGAAAGGCCGCCAUGCGCCUGCCUACGGCCUCCUCUCCCUGCGGCCUGGCCUGGGGGCCACUCCUGCUGGGACUCUGCGGGCUCCUGGUGACAACUCAGCCCCAGCCGGUGCCCCCAUAUCGCAUUGAAAACCAAACAUGCUGGGACCAGGACAAGGAAUACUACGAACCCAGUCAUCACAUCUGCUGCUCUCGCUGCCCCCCAGGCAAGUUUGUCUCUGCUGUAUGCAGCCCCAACGAAGACACAGCUUGCCAGACUUGCGCCCCAAAUUACUACAAUGAACACUGGAACCAUCUCAGCAUCUGCCAGGUGUGCCGCCCCUGUGACUCUGUGCUGGGCUUUGAGGAGGUCGCCCCUUGCACCAGUGACCGGAAAUCCGAGUGCCGCUGUAAGCCAGGGAUGACCUGUGUGUUGUAUUCGGCCAAUGAGUGUGUUCACUGCGAAUUUGUAAACUGCCCACCUGGCACGGAAGCUGAGGUUACAGAUGAACUUACGGAUACUGGCAUCAGCUGUGUCCCCUGCAAGCCAGGACAUUUCCAGAACACCUCCUCCCUCAGAGCCCGCUGCCAACCCCAUACCAGGUGUGAGGACCAGGGUCUGGUGGAAGUAGCUCCAGGCACCCACGACUCUGACACCAUCUGUAAAAAUCCACCACAGCCAGGAACAAUGCUGCUGCUGGCCGUCCUGCUGCCGCUGGUCUUCUUUCUGCUCUUCACCACUAUCCUGGCCUGCACCUGGAAGAGGCUCCCCUCAUCUCUCUGCAGAAAGCUGGGGACUCUGCUCAAGAAGCAUCCGGAGGGAGAAGAAUCUACCCCCUGCCCCCCUCCAAGAGCCAACCCACAUUUUCCUGACCCUGACCUGGCAGAGCCUCUUCUGUCUGGAGACUUGUCCCCGGCCCCUGGUGGACCCCCAGUGACCCCAGCCUUGGAGGAAGUGGGGCUACAACAGCAGAGCCCCCUGGCCCAGGCCAGGGAGCUGGAGGCUGAGCCUGGGGAACAUGGCCAGGUGGCCCACGGUGCAAAUGGCAUUCAUGUGACAGGAGGCUCUGUGACUGUCACUGGCAAUAUCUAUAUAUACAAUGGGCCAGUGCUGGGGGGCACACGGGGCCCUGGAGACCCUCCAGCUGCCCCUGAGCCUCCAUACCCCACUCCUGAAGAGGGAGCUCCUGGCCCCUCUGAGCUCUCUACACCUUACCAGGAGGAUGGCAAAGCUUGGCAUCUGGCUGAGACAGAGACACUAGGAUGCCAUGCCCUCUGAUGGGGCCAAGGAACUUAUUUGCCACCCGUGCCUGAUGGCAUCUGGGAAAGGCAAGGAGGAGAGGGGGUCCAGCACCUUCUUCUGAGGCUGCUCUACACCAGGACUUACAGGAUCUGGGUAGGCUCUGGGAAGCAGAGCCCUAAGGGACUUAGCCUCAGACACCUCUUCAGAGCAGAACCGGACACUAGCAGGGCAGUGCCCGCCCAGGACUCCUACUGCUGCCCGAGCAAGCCUGAGACCUUGUUGCAGACCCACCAGCUUCCAAGGCUUCACCCAUUCAGGCUCCAGCAUGGGCAAGGCUUGUGACCUCACUAUGCCUCUCUGCAUUCUGAACAUGGCAAAGCAGGGAGCUGGUCACAGGGCUACUUGCAAGGAUAUCACAGGGACCUUGCAAGGCUUCGUGGUGCUCAUCCCCAAACUUCAGAGGCCUUGAGGGCUCACAGCAUAUGGACCAAUAUAGACCCUGGGUAAAGAUGAAGUCACAUGAAGGAGCAUCUCUCCCUUGCUCCUGGGGGAGAGGGUAGUGAGACAGUGGGAAUCGGGGUUUGGGUAUCAUUACCAGGUAUUGGGGAGAGUUUGGGAACAGGAGAAAAAUGGUUAAGUGUAUUUAUAAACUGUAACCACAUGCAAAUAAAAACAAGAUUGAGAUCCUUUA